AUGCACGCCCGCAACAUCCUCCUCUUUGCGUCCGUUCUCCUUCCAGUCAUCGGCGCACCUGUGCCUACAAAAGAGACCAACUCCAUUCAGCAACGUAGUGCCAACGUCGUGAGCCAACUAAGCUCAUAUGUCUCCAAACGCGAUCCGCUCAUCGAGAGAAUCCCAGAGAAAGCGCUGAGCGACAUUGUUUUCGAGACCAAGCGUGAUGCCGAUGCAGAGGAUACCCCAGCCGUUGGUGGAGAUGAUGACUUUGUUGAAGAAGAAGAAGAGGAUGAUGUAAUCGAUCUUGAAGUUGACUCAAGUGAGGUUGAUCCAACAAAGAGAGGACUGCGUGGCAAUAGUGGUGCGGGUGGUGGUAAGAGGAGUAUUCGUGGCAACGAUGGUCUCAGUGGUGAUAAGAGAGAUAUUCCCGAAGCUAUGGUAGCAGCUCGGGGUGUCCGCCCAGGCAACGGAAACAACCACAAGACGAGAGGUGUGCGUCCAGGUUCCGGCAACAACCCAAGGGGCGUGCGUCCAAAGAAGGGCAACAACCAAAGAGGCGUGCGUCCAGGCCGCGGUAACAAUCCAAGGGGUGCGGCGGCAACAACCAAAGAGGCGUGCGUCCAGGCGGCGGCAAUAACCCCAGGGGUGUAG